GUGAUCAAUCGCGGACCCUGCAGUUGACGCGCUUCCAUGCAUAGAUGAUCCCACCUAAAAGUACCUAUGGGGUCACCGCUUUUUAAUGCCGGCAGAACCAGUAAGUUGGUUUGAAUAAGGCAAGGGCUUCCUCAGGGUUAGGGUUGUUGGAUGAUGACGCUAACCCUGGUGUCGGCGAAUCGCAUUCCUACCCAACCUGCCGGGUAUGAUGCAGUUUCGCCCUUCACCAUGGCGCCUCCUACUUCCCGGCAGUGCAUCCUGCCUAAAUCAAGCAUAUCAACUCAUGAAGUAUACGCCUCCUUUAGUUACACCGCGUCUCUGGGCCACGUAGAAGCCGCAUCGGCUUCCUGAUACAAGCGCCUGCCGGGAUGUGAAGAGCUCUAAUGGACAUGAGUGCCCGGGUCAUCUCGUCAUCAAACGCUACCGGCGCUCUUGAAAAAUGUCGCUCGAACUUCCCAUAAUUUACCUUCUCCCCAACCGCCUGAGUGCGGACGAGCUAGAUGAACUGGAAGAGCAGAUACCCACACUGACGUACGAUAUCAACGAGGCUGAAGUGUUGCUUGGGAAAGUGUCGCAGAAGGGGAGAGCUCUUUUCGAACUUCGUCACCGUAAACUACUGACAGAGGAGAUUCCCCCCACGGACAAUACCUCUUCUCCAAGAAUAAAACGCCGGGGCAUUACAGACCCAGCACAAGAGGUACUUGGCGCCGACUCAGACACUGCAUCAGAGGGAUAUGCAGGGGGCCGCACCGCAGAGGCGGAACGAGCGCCGGAGAAGACCAUCAAGGUAGUGAAGCUCUCUUGGCUCACGGACUCAGUGAAGAAAGGAGCAGUCCAGCCGUUCGACGACUACUUGGUGUACGAAGGUCGCAAAGUUCCCAGGACUCCUCCGCCUCCGCCUUCGACGGACAUCCUAGCUCGAGCAGCAGCAGAUGCAGGCAGCAGCCAGACAAGCCCUUCUUCAAGAUUUGGCCAAAGCUCGUUCAGGCGGAAUAGGGAACAUCAUGACCAUGCAAUCAAACCACCGCCAAUGCUCCACCGGACAACCACGGAGCAUGACAUAGACCUCCGGCUGCCACCGAUACCAGAUUAUCUGCACACGACCUAUUCGUGUCAGCGACCCACGCCAGUGAACAGCCCAAACGAGGCCUUCAUUCGGGAGCUGAAGAAAAUCCGGAAGACGAGGACAUUGAUUGGUGACAAGAUCGGGGUCCGCGCGUAUUCUAGUUCAAUCGCCACGAUCGCCGCUUAUCCUUACACCCUUUCCACCCCUCAGGAAGUCUCAAGGCUCCCGGGCUGUGGAGCCAAGAUAGCGGUGCUGUUCCAGGAACUGAAAGAGCAUGGCCACCUCCAGGAAGUCGUGGAUGCCGAGUCCGAUCCAAGGCUCUCCGUCCUGGCCAUGUUCUACGACAUCUGGGGCGUCGCCGAGACUACUGCUCGGGAAUUUUACAACAAGGGCUGGCGAGAUCUCGACGACAUUGUCGAGUACGGCUGGGCGACCUUGACGCGCGUGCAGCAGAUAGGAGUGAAGUACUAUGACGAGUUCCUCCUCAUGAUACCCCGCGAUGAGGUCGAGUCGAUUAGUGGCAUAAUCCUGGAGCACGCGAAUGGGAUACGCAAGGGGUUUCAAUUGGUCACUGUUGGGGGAUACCGGAGAGGCAACAAAGAGAGCGGUGAUGUGGAUGUGAUCCUGAGCCAUCCUGACGCGACGGCUACCCUUGGGCUUGCCGAGAAGAUCGUUGUCAGCCUGGAGAAGGAUAACUACAUCACCCACACCCUUAUACUCAGUAAUAAGAACAGUGAACGGGGCCAGAUGCCGGUGAGCUGGAAGGGGAACGAGAGGAAAGCCGGGACCGGCUUCGAUACCCUGGACAAGGCGUUAGUGGUCUGGCGGAAUCCAAGGUGGACGGCGAAGGAGGGCGAGACGAGGAACCCCAACCCGCACCGCCGGGUAGACAUCAUCAUUAGCCCCUGGAAGACGGCCGGCUGCGCAGUUCUGGGUUGGAGCGGCGGGACCACGUUCCAGCGGGACCUUCGCAGAUAUUGCAAGAAUGAGCGAUCGUUAAAGUUUGACAGCAGUGGCGUGAGGAGCCGAGCCGACGGGUCCUGGGUCGAUCUUGAGAGCGGAUCGGACGGCCCCGCACCGGAUAUGCUGACUGCCGAACGGCGUGUCUUUGCUGGCUUGGGCCUGGAAUGGAGGAAGCCAGAAGAGCGAUGUACCGGUUGACCGUUUGACGGUACGCUGGCGCCUCUCCUCCUUGCAUUUUGAAAGAGACAACUUGCUGCUGAAUUAUCCACAAAUGAGAAAGGAGGCGAGGGGCUUGUUGAUGAGACU